AUGUCCCAUAAAAUUUUCCAAAACCUAAAAUGUUCUAACCUUAAUGUUUAUUCUAUGGCUAAACAUAUAGACUUAAAUAGUAAAGGUGCUUUGGCUACAGGAAUAGAAUUUCUUAAAAGUGGGUCUGUUAUUGCAGUACCAACAGAUACCAUUUAUGGACUUACAUGUGAUGCUACCAAUACUUCUGCCUUACAUAAGUUAUACAACAUUAAAUGUCGGAAUGAACAUAAACCUGUUGCUAUUUGCCUUGGAGAAAUAUCAGAAGUAAAGUUGUGGGCCAACAUAAAACAUCUACCAUCAGAGCUACUAAGCCACUUGCUUCCAGGUCCUAUAACUUUAAUCCUUAACGGAAUUAACACACUAGAUAAUUCAGUUUGUUGUAAAGGAAAAGUAGGUAUAAGAAUACCGAAUUACAAGUUCGUUAGAAAUUUAACAAAAGGCUUGGGGAAGCCUUUAGCACUAACAAGUGCAAAUCUUAGUGGCCAGCCCAGUGCCAUUCAUCCUGAAGAAUUCAGGACAAUUUGGAAUAAAAUACCAGCUAUUUUUCAUGGAGGUGUGACAAACUUAAGCAGAAACGGUUCUACAAUAGUUGAUUUAUCCGAAAAAGGCGUAUAUCAAAUUAUCAGAAGGGGGGUUGCCUUUGAUGAAACACUUACAAUUUUACAGAAAUUUAACUUAAAAGAUAAAUAUGAAUAA